AACCGGAGAUUAUCACCCCGGCUGCACACUCGGUAAACGGGUCAGCAGAUUUUUUUGUUUUGGGGUUUAACGGUCGAUAGGAAGGAAAUCAUACCGGAGAAGUCGAGAUCCCCCUCAAUUGAAUUAGCGGUUUGACAGGCAGUCUGUUAGCACGAUAUCCUGAAGUAUCCAAAGAGGAUGGCACCUGUCUUGGUGCUGUGGAUGGCUGUGUGCCUCAGUGGGACGUGGGCUGUGGACAAGGGCAACUUCAAGACCUGUGACCAGAGUGCCUUCUGCAAGCGUCAGCGAGCGUUGAAGCCUGGUGAGUCUCCCUAUCGAGCUCUGCUGGAGACCAUGGAGCUGACCAACACCAGACUCACCCUGCAGCUCAUCAAUGACAACAACAAGGUGCGUCUGCUGCUCGAGCUCUACCGUCUCCAGGGAAACAUAACAAGGGUUAAGAUUAACGAGCUGAAGCCGCUGAAGCCUCGCUAUGAGGUCCCAGACGUGCUCAUCAGGGAGCCACCUACUGAGCCUCUGUCUCUCUUGUCUCAAGACGAGAACGGGGUGGUGCUGUCCCUGGGCGCGGAGUCUCAGAGGGUCAUCGUCAGUGCCCGACCCUUCCGACUGGACAUCAUGGAGGGACGUGAAGUGCUGAUGUCGUUGAACUCGCGCGGCCUGCUGGCCUUUGAGCACCUGAGGAUGCGCAAGGACACUUUCUCCUAUAAAGUAACUAGCACAGUGGCUAGCGUGUGGGAUAAUAUCAAGAGGGUAUUCACUAGUCAGGCAGACCCGGAGGCCGAGAAGAAAGAAGAGGCUGAUCCGGCUAAUCAGGCUGAGGCAGCAAAGGAAGAGGAAGAGAAAGUAGAAGACGGGAUGUGGGAGGAAACAUUUAAAUCGCACUCGGACAGCAAACCUAAUGGUCCAUCUGCUGUUAGUUUAGACUUUUCAUUGCCAGGUGUGGAACAUGUAUACGGCAUCCCCGAACACGCAGACACCCUCAGGCUCAAAACAACAGACAAUGGAGAUCCAUAUCGGCUCUACAACCUGGAUGUGUUCCAGUAUGAGCUGUAUAAUCCUAUGGCCCUGUACGGGGCCGUCCCAGUUAUGUUGGCCCACAAUGCCCAGCGGACCACAGGCAUCUUCUGGCUCAAUGCUGCUGAAACCUGGGUGGACAUUAGCUCCAACACAGCUGGAAAGACGGUGUUUGGAAAAAUGCUGGAUUAUGUUCAGGGCUCCAGUGAGACUCCACAGACGGAUGUGCGUUGGAUCUCUGAAAGCGGCAUCAUCGAUGUCUUCAUUAUGCUUGGACCAACACCCAAAGAUGUCUUCUCUCAGUAUGCCUCUCUUACAGGCACCCAGUCCUUCCCUCCCUUGACUUCCCUGGGCUACCACCAGUGCCGCUGGAACUACAAUGACCAGGAAGACGUGCAGUCAGUGGAUGCAGGCUUUGACGAGCACGACAUUCCCUAUGACUUCAUCUGGCUUGAUAUUGAGCACACAGAUGGGAAGCGCUAUUUCACCUGGGAUCCACACAAGUUUGCGACACCAAAGGAAAUGCUGCAGGGUCUCAUGGACAAGAAACGCAAGAUGGUGGCCAUUGUGGAUCCUCAUAUCAAAGUAGACAGCAACUACAAGAUCCAUAAUGAAAUCCGUUCGCGGGGUUUCUAUAUCAAGAAUAAAGAUGGUGGAGACUACGAGGGCUGGUGCUGGCCUGGUAGCGCCGGCUAUCCAGACUUUACCCGUGCAGACAUGAGGGCCUGGUGGGCCAGCAUGUUCGCCUACGAUCAGUAUGAGGGUUCCAUGGAGAACCUGUACACGUGGAACGACAUGAAUGAGCCGUCAGUCUUUAAUGGGCCAGAGGUCACAAUGCACAAGGAUGCAAUGCAUGGAGCCUGGGAGCACCGUGAUGUGCACAACACCUAUGGCUUCUAUGUGCAAAUGGCCACAGCGGAGGGUCUGAUCCAGAGGUCGGGAGGAGUUGAGCGACCGUUUGUUCUGACUAGAGCCUUCUUUGCUGGGUCACAACGCUACGGUGCUGUGUGGACAGGAGAUAAUGCUGCUGAGUGGGACCAUCUGAAGAUCUCUAUCCCCAUGUGUCUGAGUCUGGGCCUGGUUGGAAUCUCUUUCUGCGGUGCUGAUGUUGGUGGCUUCUUCAAGUCCCCGAGCACUGAGCUGCUGGUGCGUUGGUACCAGACGGGGGCGUAUCAACCGUUCUUCAGGGCACACGCCCACCUGGACACCCCCCGCCGCGAGCCCUGGCUGUUUGGUCCAGAAAACACAGCGCUGAUCCGUGAAGCGGUGCGCCAGCGCUACACCCUCAUGCCCUACUGGUACCAGCAAUUCUACCAGGCACACCGCACUGGACAGCCCGUCAUGAGACCACUGUGGGUGGAGUAUCCUCAGGAUCCUGCUACUUUUGCUCUGGAUGACGAGUUCUUGAUCGGGAGAGAUUUGUUGGUGCACCCAGUGACUGAGGAGGGAGCCAGGGGAGUCACCGCCUACCUGCCUGGUAAAGACGAGGUCUGGUUUGAUGUCCACACCUUCCAGAAGCACAACGGGGCCCAGAAUCUUUACAUCCCUGUCACCAUGAGUUCUAUCCCAGUUUUCCAGCGCGGUGGCUCCAUUAUUCCCAGGAAGCUUCGAGUUCGCAGGUCCUCCUCCUGCAUGGAGCACGAUCCUUACACUCUAUAUGUGGCUCUUAACCCGCAGAGAAAAGCAGAGGGUGAGCUCUACAUUGACGACGGCCACACGUUCAACUAUGAAAAGAAGGAGUUCAUCCACAGGAGGCUGUCCUUCGCCAACAACAUCCUCUCUUCUGUUAACCUGGCUCCAGAUGCCCAGUUUACUACCCGCUCCUGGAUUGAACGCAUUGUCAUACUGGGAGCCAGUAAACCCAGCAAGGUUACCCUUAAAGCUGCUGAUGGUCAAGAGAGCCAGAUAGAGUUUGAUUUUGACGCCUCCAUGUCUGUGUUGACACUCCGCAAGCCUGGCAUGAACUCAGGGGCAGACUGGACCGUGAUGCUUCAGUAACCAUGGAGACGGAAAAUGAGGAGCAGGAGGAAAACAUGACUGAAGUGGACUGAACAGGAGGAGAGAGGCGGGAGGGUGCUGAUACUCAAGACUAACUAAAGCAAGACAGGAUAACCAUCAUGGAAAAUAAAGACAAAUACACACGCACACACUCAAAGGAUAUCAAAUACACACAAUUUUCAGCCCUAUACACAGACACACACAGACACCCAAAUCCAUGUAAACCUGUUAGUCAUACUGAGCCACAUAACGUCUCUGCCAUGUCCCUCUUGUGUUCAGUCACACUGUAAUACCUAACAAAAAGGGUUACUAUUAGAUAGAUAAUUAUUUGUCACAUUUUUUCAGAUAGAUAACUGAGCAACUCAAAUUAUGUCAUUGUAAUGAAUCUUUGGGGUUAAGAAAGAAAACAUUCAGGCACUUGUUUUUGUUUAUGUUUUAUCGUCUGCUUGGUUUUCCAUCCACUCUGCCUCGGAAGAAAAAUCAGAUCAGUGUGGAGCCAUUGUUUGCCAUUUAAAAUGAAGGUUCACACUCAAAGCACAUGCUCCACCUGCUGGUGAUUCCCUCUAUAUGUUUCUGACUUGAAACUCAUCAGACAUUCAUUCCAUCCCUCUUUGUAAGCCAAGCAUUUCAAUCAAGUGAGCUAGAGCUAGACCUUCUUUACUUGUGCCACAUUUCAUGUAUUUGGGGAUGGCUUGCCAACAAUCUUCUUUGUGGCUCCGCACUAAACUUUUAUCCUGCAGUUUCGUAAUUUUCCUGAUUCUGCAAAAUGUAAAGAAGUAAUCAUCUUUCUCAGCAAUCCCGGCCAGUUCAUUCUUGUUUAGCCUCUACCAUAAUUCCUAAGUGAUCAAUUUGUGUGCAUGGAAUUGAUUAAUUAUCAUCGCUUCAUGAUAGAAGUGAUGAGGUCCUUGAAAUGUUGCACAGAGGGGAUUAUCAGCUGUUCUUUUGAACAGACUUGGCAGUGGGAAUCACUUCAGGGGACUGAACCACUGACAGUGUGGAUCAUCCUGUUGAUGUGCUUUCUUUAUUUUAUCAAGUUCUUUUUCCAGCAUCGUUAACUAGAUUAUUUUUAAUGCACUUGAGGAUGAGUGAGAAAAUAAAAGUUGUUUAGAUUUUCAUGUGUUACUAGUUGUCGGGACAGUCCAAGAUUUCCAGUGUGUCAUUUGGAUCUUAUUGAAGAGGUUGCAUCCAAACCUCCUAUCCUUAAAAGGUAUUUCACUUGCAUAUAUCCAUUUAAAGCCCUCUGAUUUACAUGAAAAUCAAUCUUAAAUGCACACUGAGCAGUUAUAAAAAUAUUCAAAUGAUUCUCUGGAGACUCAGGUUUAUGUCCCGUCUAGUCAAAUCAUCUGACCUUUUUUAGGGAUUUUGUUGUUCUGACUUUGUUUCGUUGAUUGUUUUUAUGAUCAUAAAUGUACGUUGCUGCAGUUUUGUUGGUGAUGGCUUGAACUGGUGGAAAUGGAAGUGAAGGAACAGACUUCAGCUGUCAAUCAACAUUGUCAGAUGUACUUUAAAAGAUGAGACCAAGUGAAAAUAAAGUUGACCAAAUGUAAAAGAAGCUUCUGAUUAUCACUGCUUUUGAGUG